CAAAGUUCAAACCCAACACCAAUAAUAUUUACCUAUGGUUAAGGUUCAGAUUUAACAUUCAAUAAACAAGAAAAAAUUGCCAACAAAUGGAGAGAAAAUGAUGCACAAAAGAAGAACAAUGAUGAGGAAGUUGAAAAGACUGCAAAAAGCAGAAAAAAUACAAAAAAAAGUGAAACUUUUUACACACAGACACACAUUGGAGCACACACACAGUUCACCAAAGUGAAAACACACCAAAAGAAAUCAUACAUAGUGUACUGUGCACCCCAUUCACACACCCCCCCCAUGCUCACAGUGCAUGCCCCUGAAAUGUGAAAGCUCAAAAAAUUGAAAAAAGAUUUUUUUUUUUUAUCAGUGUAAAACAAUUUAGUAAUUUACCAUCCUUGGAUCCACAAAACCAAAAACACUCUGUAUUUUUAUUUUUACUUUUUCUUCCUUUUAGCAGAUAUCCCAAUGCUAAAUCUUGAGUGCUGUUACAAUAACAAGCGAGAUUCUACUCAUUUUUGUCUCCUUUAAAGCAUUCUUAAAUUAUUUUAACUGUCAAAAAAUGGGUGCGAUGUGUUCGAAGUAUUGCUGCUGUUGGUGGCAUUCUAAUCUCAAUCCUUCACCUCGUGAGCCUUGUGAAAAGGAAAACGAGGUGAAAAAUUCAUGGCCGGGCUUUAGAGAGUUUAACUGGGACGAAUUAAAAGCUGCAACAAAUGGGUUUUCUUCAGACAACAUAGUUUCAGAGCAUGGUGAGAAAGCUCCUAAUAUUGUUUACAAAGGUUUGCUUGAAGAUGAACGAUUGAUUGCUGUUAAGCGCUUUAAUAGAUCUGCUUGGCCUGAUUCUCGCCAAUUUCUUGAUGAGGCUAAGGCAGUGGGGAAUCUGAGGAGCGAGCGGUUGGCAAAUCUGAUUGGCUGUUGCUUUGAAGGAGAAGAGAGAUUGCUUGUAUCAGAAUUUAUGCCCAAUGAGACUCUGGCUAAGCAUUUAUUUCAUUGGGAAAAGCAACCCAUGAAAUGGGCAAUGAGGUUAAGGGUGGCACUAUAUUUGGCCCAAGCUCUCGAUUAUUGUACCAGUAAAGGGCGAGCAUUGUAUCACGAUCUUAAUGCAUACAGAGUCUUGUUUGAUCAGGAUGGUAAUCCGAGGCUUUCUUGCUUCGGUCUGAUGAAGAAUAGUCGAGAUGGCAAAAGUUACAGCACAAACUUAGCUUUCACUCCCCCCGAGUACUUGAGAACAGGCAGAGUGACUUCGGAAAGUGUAGUCUACAGCUUCGGGACUUUGUUGCUCGAUCUCUUAAGUGGCAAGCAUAUACCUCCGAGCCACGCGCUCGAUUUAAUCAGGGGCAAGAAUUUUCUAAUGCUCAUGGAUUCUUGCUUGGAGGGUCAUUUUUCAAACGAUGAUGGAACUGAAUUGGUUCGGUUAGCAACCCGUUGCUUGCAGUAUGAGGCUCGAGAAAGGCCCAACACCAAAUCGCUCGUCACAUCUCUCGUUUGUCUUCAGAAAGAAACCGAGGUCCCUUCUUAUGUUUUGCUCGGUGUCGAACAAGGAAAUGCUAACAGUACACAACCGAUACCUUUGACUCCCUUAGGAGAAGCUUGCUUGAGAAUGGAUCUUACUGCCAUACAUGAAAUAUUGGACAAAAAUGGAUACAAAGACGAUGAGGGAAUUGCCAAUGAGCUAUCUUUUCAACUGUGGACAAAUCAGAUGCAGGAGACUUUGAAUUCCAAGAAGCAAGGAGAUUCUGCUUUUCGAGCCAAGGAUUUUACGACAGCCAUUGAUUGCUACACGCAGUUCAUCGAUGGUGGGACAAUGGUUUCGCCAACUGCUCAUGCUCGGCGUUGCUUGUGUUAUCUAAUGAGCGACAUGCCAAACAAGGCCUUAGAGGACGCCACACAAGCGCUUGUAAUCUCUCCCGAGUGGCCAACCGUUUUUCAUCUCCUUGCGGCUUGCCACUUUGCGCUCGGAAUGGAAAGUGAUGCUCAACAAGCACUUAGAGAGGCCACUGAUUUGGAAGCCAAAAGAAACAGAAAAUGAAGGAAAAAAGAUGAAGACUCUAUGAUGUGUGUAUAGCCUUCGAUGCUCUCAUUCGUUAAUUCGAUCCUUUUAAUGUAUCUAGUCUGUUGUGUCGAAGAACACUGGAAGAUCGUUUGUUUUAAAAAAAAUGCCCGUAAUUUAAUCUGACCAAGCAUCAAUGGUCCAAAAAAUCAAAUGAAUCGGACGGACAUAAUUGACGGAAUAAUAGUAUAAAAAGCAAGAUUAUCGGACAUA